CCUAUAAGCUGAGCUAGUCAAGAAUGCCUUCUCGACCAGGCAAGAUCGAAUAUCGUUUUUUCGCGCUGUAGUCGUUCGUCGGUUGCCUCACUCAUUGGAGCACUUUUUUUUAUUACUGCUUACACAUACCUGCCCAGUACCUUUCUUCCAGUCCGUUCUGGAAUUCCAUUAAUGAAAAUUCGGCCGUAAUUAUACACAAAUUUUCUAUUCGAUAAUAAUAAUUAUUGUAGUUAGGUGGGUAACGUUUCGAUUCAAUUCGUGAGUGGUGUUGUCGGUGCGAGUCGAGUGUUCAAAAUCCAGAAGGAGCUGUGUGCCAUCAGGGGCUCGGACGUAGCCCCAUGUGAAAACCAGUUGGGGCCAGUGCGGAGCAGUAUGAUGCAUGCCGAUGAUGGGCAGUGAAUGAGUGGUGGGGUGGGGGCCCUGCUGGCAACACCAUCGGAGAAGGGGGAAGGACAUUCCCGUCAUAGCAGAGAGAAGGCGCCCAGCCAGUAGCGAGCGGUGGAGAAGAGGAAGCCUUUUAUAAAUGUAGCCCCGAAUUUUGUAAGAUUGGAAAUAAAUUAGUGCUUUCUUGCGCUCCGCAACCCGGAGGCCAUUCGCCCAUACGACGUUAAUGGACGCGAAAGGGAAGUGAAAGAAGACCCAGAAUCUGGUGUGUGGAGCUCGCUUUACAACAGGUUUUCGGAGCGCAUGGAUGGUGUGUUGGUGAAAAAUUGGUCUGUGCGGGGGCAAUUGUGUUCCUCCCCGGAGGGUUCCCUGGGAAUGCGAUUCCCAGUGCUGAGUUAUUGUGGUUAUAGUGAUAUGGCGAUGAAGUGAAAUCAUGAAAUAUUGUGCAAUAAGUUGAAACGAAGAAUAGAAGUCAGAAGGCAAGCAAGAAAAUUGCCUGUGACGUUGAUUGCGAAGAGCGUUUUAUUUUUUCUCUGCUAAGCGUGAGAUAUAUCCUUCAAAAGAGGAUUGAAAAGUGUAUAUGCAUAGGAUAACAAAAUGGAUGAGCGUUUGCUGAACGAUCUGCUGGAGUGCUCCGUAUGUUUAGAACGACUGGAUACCUCCUCCAAAGUGCUGCCCUGUCAACACACAUUCUGCAGGAAAUGUUUAGAGGAAAUUGUGGCCAGCCAUCAGGAGCUUCGAUGUCCGGAAUGUCGAGUCUUGGUGGACGUCAAAAUCGACGAGCUUCCGCCGAAUGUACUGCUGAUGCGAAUCUUAGAAGGUAUGAAAACAGCUGAGCUGAAUAAUCAAAAUACAAACAUAAACAAAGCGGCCCGAACCGGUGUCGGAGGAGGUGGCGGGAAUAUAUUCAACCUGCAAUUGCAAUCGCAGCAGAAUCACCCGAGCAUAGCAUACCAGAAUCAAGGCUGUUCGCAGCAGCAGCAGCAGCAGAAGAACAAUAAAAACGAUCAACUGCAUCAUCACCCGCAUCAAGGUCGAAUCAUAGCAGGAAAUGCGCUGGAUUUAUCGAAAAUCCCACACGCUAAGGCAUUCUACGACUUCGCCUCCAGUGAAACCAGUGAUAUCAGCUUUAAAAAGGGCGACAUCGUAAUCCUGAAGAAGAAAAUCGACCACAAUUGGUGCGUGGGGGAAAUCAAUGGAAAGGAAGGUGCCGUUCCAUUGAACCACUUGCAGGUGAUAGUGCCACUGCCGUAUCCACAGUGUAAAGCGCUGUACGAUUUCAGCAUGGGACCCAAUGACGAAGAAGGCUGCCUAACGUUCAAGAAGGGUGCCCUUAUUCACGUACUUCGGCGGGUGGACCAAAACUGGGCCGAGGGACGAAUAGCGGAUAAGAUAGGGAUUUUUCCAAUUUCGUUUGUCGAGAUGAACAGCCUAGCGAAGCACAUGAUGGACUCUGCUUUAAAACAUAUUUUAGCCAGUGCUUCCAAUAACCGUACUGUUCCUCCGACUCCUUUUGAUCUGAAUGCCAGUGACACCACUAGUUCCAGUGUUACUACCAGUCCUAAUACUUCCAAUAGCACCACGAGUUCGAACUCCAGUACAGCACCGAGUAGUCCUACAUCACACUUUCUGUCGUCUCCAGCUGCUGCAUCAGCUGCAGCAACUGGAAGUCAACAGAACAACAAAGAUCACCACAAGGAAAAAAGGCACUCCCUAACGACCUUUGUGGCUAGUUCGAGUGUUGGUAUUGCCAAUACAGGAGGAUCGCUGAACCAACCCAAUCGCCAUUCCGCUGAGAUUCUGAGUACACCUGAUUCAGACAGACAACAGCAGCCACCAUCUCAACUGCAAAGUACGGUACCAACUGCGGCUGUUGCUGCUCCGGAUAAUCCACAACAAUCGAAUCGACCUGAUAUGCUCAACUAUCAGAAGUCGAACGCUGCGAAGGCCGCUAGUCAACAUUACCACCAGCAACCCCAACUACCUGCUACCUAUAUUGCUCUCUAUCCGUACAAACCGCAGAAGCCGGAUGAACUGGAGUUGAAAAAAGGAUCCAUCUACUACGUCACCGAACGAUGCCAGGACGGUUGGUUCAAGGGAGCUAAUCGACAGCAAAAGACCGGUGUAUUUCCCGGUAACUACGUCACCGUGUACAAGGGUCGCGAGAGUGGUCACUCUAGCCGAAAUACAAACACCCAGGGAACAGCUGCCGGCAGCACUGCCCCUUCCACCACCGCGUCCGGUAUCCAGAAUCCGUCCAACAACCUAACCCAAAUAACACUGCCUGCCUUACCCCCUCGGGAUGCUACCAUUGUGAAUGCUUCUGUGGUCGCUUCCGUUACUGGCCCCGUGUGGACCAAACAGCAGCUACAGCAACAAUCGGGAUACAUUGAUUCCCUGUUCGGAAGAAAGUCGGGCGGGGCACCUCCGGAUAAAAAUGCCGCUUCUGCAGUGGGGUCUGAGCCUGCGCCAACUGCAGCGGCACAUCCUGUCAAAGAGAAGAAAGAUUCCUCGGCGGUCAGUUUGAUGAAGCGAUUAACCAACAUCAAACGAUCGAAAUCCCCAACUUCCAGCAACGGAGGAACAACUAAUCCGGCUUACUCGAUGGAUAAUCCAGUGUUUGAGGAUAGUUCUCUGCCAAGUGCUGCCCCCAUAAAGUCAAACUUACAACAAAUUAUCAAUCCAGUACACGUGAGAUCCGGGUCAUGUCCGAGUCAACUUCUUCAAAAUCUCCCCGUUGACGUACUGCUUGCGCAGAGUCGUGAAAAUGUUCCUUAUAUGUAUGGCUCUCAACGGGUCAAACCCCACAAAGAGCGACCAUCAAUGCAUGGUCUCAAAGGCGAAGCCUCCGGCAAAAGUGCGACGAAACAUUCGGCAGUUGCGGGAGCGGCGCAAUCUCACGAAGCACCCGCCUCGACCUCGUCGGCGUCCCAUGGACCGAAGCAAUCUCAAGCAUAUCACCGGAAAUCUCAAAGCCUGGACGCCUCUGCCAUCAUCUCCCACAUGAAUGGGACGCCAUCGAAGUCCAAGUCGCACUCGCAGACGGUGCGCGAGAGGUUUAAGUGCAUCGUACCGUACCCACCCAACAGCGAGUACGAGCUGGAACUCCGCGUCGGCGAUCUGGUGCUGGUGCACAAAAAGCGUGAUAAUGGCUGGUACAAGGGCACCCACCAGCGCUCCGGUAAAACCGGCCUGUUUCCGGCGUCCUUCGUUGAGCCUGCGGACAAAUGACAUCGGCACUAGAAUGUAGUUGGGGAUACUCGAACGAAUCUGGUUAGUCUAUGUUUUCUUUACUUAUAACGCAAGCGGUGUUUUAGAUUUUAAGUGCAACGGAAACAGUGGUAUAAUCAAAAGUCGGUAUUAUAAUAAUGAGGAUCUUCUGUUGUGAUGAGUCAACAUGUUUUUUUGUCUCUGUAAAAGUGGUACUAGAGUUUAGGUGAAACUAUUUAGCAAUCCUUAGGCAACUGUUAAGAAAUAGUAUGAUCGAAACAAAAUAUAGGACAAACAUUAAAUUAGGCCAACAAAAAGUGCAAAUUUGUACCUAAUUUUUAUCUUAUUGGGUCUUUUAAAGUCUGAAUCGUAAAGUUAAAUAAAACCGUUUUAGGAAAGUUAAACUUAAAUCCUGAUGAUGAUAUAAUCAACCCGCACCAGUUUGUAAUCAAUCGUUAGCAUGCAAUACUGAUUAGAUACAAAAAAUGAAAAGCAUCGUUUCCGAAAAAAUACUGUCUAGCUGUCAUUUAUGUCUGUCUUUUCUCAAGAUUCUCGUAAUUCUGUCUUAAUAUAGGUUUAAAAAGAUCCAAACUCAUUCCGCUUAUUCGAGCAAACAAGCAUAUUGUUGUAUGUAUACAAAUUUUCUCAAUCGUCAUAUUCUAACCUCUACAUUUGAUGUUGUGUUUGAAUUAUGUGAACACUUUCUGUACAGAUACAGCAACAAACAUUUUCGAUGAACAAUAGCACAAACUGAAAGCAUUUAUAAUACUCUACUCUAAUAGCAAAAUCUAAUAAUCACACGACAUGUAUGUACAAUUAGACGUAUAAAUGAGAAUAUUUCACGUAGGUCGAGAUCCAAUGGUUUACUUUCGUGGAUCAUGAUUUAAGGAGCGACCGACUGGAAAUUUCUCAGCUUUUGCGUCUGAUGUUUAAGAUGGAGAUGUUGUAUGAACGUUACAAUCUAACGCAAUAGCCAAAUCUAUAUCAACAGUGAGAAAUAAUAUGAAACUCAAAAGAAAAGUAUUGUCUAACAAGCAUACUACUAAUACUACACUGAGAAAUGUUUAUGUUCAUCUGCAACAAUAUAGAAAAAUCAAACAAAACAGUAUAAUAUUUGCAUGAGCAUCUAUGAAAAGAUAUAAAACAAUUACUGUGCGAGUGACACAACUUGUGCAUGCUGAACUCAUAUUCGUUUUUGAUUGAGAAAACUUUAGAGUAUUUACUGUUUUCUAGUAAACUAUUAAAGCAUUACUGAAACAAUAAAAAAUAAAACAAAAUUGUUAGCGAAACGAAGUUUAUUCACACGAGAAAAAAAAACAGAACCAAACACGACUUACGGAAAGGUCUCACACGUUCAUUAGCUCGCUAGGAGGGGAUAUAUUAGUGGAAACUACCUAUUGAUAAAACAAAUCAUGGUCGCACUGAUUCGGUACAGGGUGAAUUUAUCUAGAAUUGCCAGAAAAUUGCAAAUGUCGUUUAUGUUAGACAAGUUUAAACAUUGGAAGCAGCACAAGUAGGAAAAAAAUUCAGAGCCUUUUUUAUUCAAAAGUGAAAAAAUGAACUUUGAUCGGACGGCAUCGGAUUGGGUAUAGCGUUAGAAUUUGGAAGCAUUUUGGAAAAGAAAGUUUCCGGUUUGGAGAAACCCUUAAGUAGCGUAGCAUAGAAGCAUGUGAUUCGCACCGAGAUGGGGGAUGUUUGGUAAAGAGACUAUAUUUUGGGAAAGUUUGGAUACGAAAAUGUCGAAUGAAAAUCAGUUAUGACAGCAUGAACCGAUGAGAAAUAGUGUCAGAAAACAGGUAUACUCGUACUUUGAAAAUAAAUUACUUAUGAAGAAAACAGAUUAAAA